AAUUAUUUAUCACAGCUCUCGGCAGUAAUAUAUUUAUGAUUUUUUUUAAGUUAGGGAAGAAUGGCGGCGGUGGCGAAGGUCAGCUGGUCUGUAAUUAAUGGUGUUAGGCGCGGCCUUUGGCGCUAUAAUACUAUUUUAUGGAGUCUAAAUAGCAGAACUCUGUGCUCCAGCCUCGAAGAACAACCUAAUUUUCCUGGAUCCCGCUCCAAAUGGACUGAGAAGCUUGACUUUGUACAGCCAGAUCUUUACGAUGGCAUUCCUGUGUAUCGUGUUAUGGACCGAAAGGGAAACAUCAUUGAUCCAGCAUAUGAUCCCAAGUUGGGUGAAGAGAUGGUGGUGCGCAUGUACCACAGAAUGACCCUACUUAACACCAUGGAUCGCAUCAUGUAUGAAUCCCAGCGCCAGGGGCGAAUAUCAUUUUACAUGACCAACUAUGGUGAGGAAGGAACUCACAUUGGCUCAGCUGCUGCACUUGAUGAAAAAGACUUAGUAUAUGGUCAAUACAGAGAAGCAGGUGUGCUAAUGUGGCGAGGGUUCCCUCUGGACCAGUUCAUGAACCAGUGUUACGGCAAUGAAGGAGAUGGAGGAAAAGGGAGACAGAUGCCGGUGCACUAUGGAUCCCUUGCACAUAACUUUGUCACUAUAUCUUCACCAUUAGCCACACAGAUGCCUCAAGCUGUUGGAAGUGCAUAUGCCUACAAGCGUGCUCAGAAUGGACAGUGUGUAAUCUGUUACUUCGGAGAAGGAACCUCUAGUGAAGGAGAUGCUCAUGCUGCUUUUAACUUCUCUGCAACACUUGAAUGUCCUGUAAUUUUCUUCUGCCGUAACAAUGGAUAUGCCAUCUCAACCCCAACUAGUGAGCAGUAUCGUGGAGAUGGUGUGGCUGCCCGAGGUCCAGCAUAUGGCAUGGCCACCAUUCGUGUUGAUGGCAAUGAUGUCUUUGCUGUAUACAAUGUUACCAAAGCUGCAAGACAUAUUACUAUUACUGAAAAUCGCCCUGUUCUCAUAGAAGCAAUGACUUACAGAAUUGGGCAUCAUAGCACGUCAGAUGACAGUUCAGCAUACCGCUCAGUAGAUGAGGUGCGACAUUGGGACUCGACACAACACCCUAUCGCCCGUCUCCGUGCUUACAUGGUUUCUCAAGGAUGGUGGGAUGAUACAAAGGAAAAACAGUGGAAAGAUGAUUGUAAACGCCAGGUGAUGCAAGCCUUUGCCAGAGCAGAGCGUCGUCAGAAGCCUUGUUGGAAAGAAAUGUUUACAGAUGUAUAUGAUAAGAUGCCUGACCACAUCAAAGAACAGUACGAGUACAUGCAGGCCCACGUUCAAGAAUACGAGGACCAUUAUCCUGUUAAAAAUUUUGCAAAGGAGAGCCACUAAGGAGUUCUUCCACUCAUUCAUAUAAUAAAAUAUAAUUUUCAGCUGCUGAAAAUGGCAAAUGAUAGGUGUGUCUUUAGUUAUCCUGGCUUCUUAAACUGCAUUAUUCAGUACAGUAUUUAAUUUUUUUUUUUUUUUUAUAAAAUGACCAAUCCAGUGUUAAAGAUUUCUUUUGUAUGGUAUAAUGGUUAGAUAAAACCAAGUUUUCAAAGUCACAUAUUUAUAAUCUGAAAAGCAUUGUGGGAAGAUAAAGUUAUGAUGUAUUUUUUCAUAUUAAAAUAUUUUGACCAAUGAAAUUAACAAAUACUACUGUAAUGUAUUUUUUUUUUUUUUUUUUUUGCAAACAUGUGAGGUGUGUUGGAGCAUAUGAUACUGGGAGGGAGUUGAACUGAAUAAAGAAAAAAUAGAGGGUUUUCUUAGACAGUAUGCACUUUUGUAAACUUAUCACAUUUUUAUUAAUACUGUACACUAGUGUGUUUAGGUAGUCCAACAAGUUCUUUUAUGUCACCACUUUUGGUGUUUAAAGUAAUAAUCUACCUCUUAUACUCAUCAUUACUGCAGUCAUUACCACUUCAAUGGUCUUUUGAAACUACCAUAUGUUGGUUGAAGUAAAACAAAGAACACCAAAGAUGGAACGAAAAGAUAAAUACACAUCUGCACUGGCUUACCAAAUAAUAAUAAUAAUGAUGGUUGUUGUAGCAACUUAGUUUAUGUGGCUGUAAAUUGUAACAUAAACCAGGGUCUCACUAAACGAACUUUUUUCUUUACAAAAUGCAUGUUUGUUAGGUGGGCCAAAACUGUUCUUGGGAUUAAAAGGAAAUUACAAGAAAAACAGUUAGAAAAUGCUGAACAUAACUUAAAUAAGAAGGUUAGUAGCAUUUGAUAACCACUCUUCAUAUAGUUAAGUAAUUUGACUAAAAAUUUCAUAAAACCAUAUUUAGUGUUAGUGAAAGACUGUGUAUAUGAUGAGUCCCACAAUGGUAGCUACUGUAGUUCUUUGUAAACAGCCUACUUAUAAAAAACUAUUCUUUAAUAUCAUAGACCACCACCUUUCACACCUUCACCUCUUCCCUCCGGGGGUUAUGUGCAUAGCUCUGCUACUGUAAAUAUAAAUAGGUAAAUAUUCUUACCAUAUACAUUAAGGGAUUUUUCAGCAAAAUCUUUAUGUUCAGUGAGCCUGGUGUUCCAAUUAGCAAGUAAUCAUGUUCGUAUCUUCAUACAGUGAAUAAAAUUUAAAAAAUACAGUAUGUGAAAAUAAAAAUUAUAAAUACAUGUACAGCCUCUCCUCACUUAGCGACACACUCGUUUACCGAUGCCUCGGACUUAUGACGGGCUCUGACCAGUAUGCAUACCUAAAUAAUGUAUAUUAGAGCUGAUUUCCUCUAUUCUGUUUAUUACAAUAUACAAUACAAUACUGUAUAAACAUUUUAAUAAUAUACCAGAAAUGUUAUAAAUGGUGCAAAGGUAACAUUAAAACAAUAUCAAAGAUGGUUGACACAAACCCACUACCAUUAUAGUAUGUUCCUCACUUAGCGAUGAAUUUGUUUACCAACGUGGUCUUAGGAACGGAACUCCGUCGUUAAGUGAGGAGAGGCUGUACUAUCUCUUUGGGCAUAAGAGGUUAAGCACUUCUUGUUGAUUAUAAUAACAAAAAUAAUAAUUUGGGCAUAAGAAUAGAAUACAGCUUAUACAUAUAAAAGACAAGUUCGUGCAAGAAGUAAAUAUAAUUUAGUAAUGGUAGUGAGGGGUUGUUGAUUCAAGGAAGUGGACUUAUCCUUCCCUUUCUUGAAUUGAACUUCAAUGCCUCCCCAUUCCCCAGGCACUAUAUGAUCUCUUCAAGGUUCAUGCUUCCCCAUGAUUAAAAUAUAAAAGUAAUAGUUUAGCAAAACAAAUAUUAUUGAUACUCUGCCUUGGAGUAUAAAGAUGUAAUGAUUGUAUUUAUUGUACAGUGUUCUUUUAAAUGUAAAUAUUGAGUCUGUGAUUAGCAAUUUGUGCUACAAGGUGUAGUCAGUGGUACCAUACAUUUUUUUAAUAGACUUAGGCUCGUCUUUAAAAUUUAUAGUGAAAGAAAACACCAUUUUUUCCUGGGAUGUCAGAACCAGGAGCUGUCUGUCAACUCCAAAAAUGAUCUAAUAGUGAUUAUAGUGUGUAAGUGAAAAACAUACUGUUAUUACUGUGUAAAAAUAACAAAACUGUACAUGGUGAUUUAUAUACUUUUCAAAAUUCCUAAAUGAAGCAUCAUCCAUGCACACAAGUUGUUUUGGAAACUGCAUAGUUAUACAGUGAAAGAUAUGCAAGGUACUGUUCACAUUUCUGUGAUUCAGCGCAGUGUUACUCUUGAAAGACGAAAAAAGUAUAUCAUGCACUAUUUAUUAUAUUAUGCCACGGACAAAGCUACUCUUCAGUAUUAUAAACUUACACAUUAGAACAAACAAUAAGUCUGUUUUGAACAAAUAUGUUGAUGUGGCAUCAUCUGUUGCCUCCCUCUAUUUGUAAACUAUCUAAUCGGGGGCGUAAUUGAUUUUCAGUUUUUUCAUAACCACACGUUAACAUGUUGAGGUCUUAAUAAAUUAUGUCAAGCUUAUGAGGCCCCAAGGUCAGCACUGGCUGAUUGCUACACUGUGGAUAGCUUGUAGAUUGGAAAAAAAAAGUGCUAUUGCCCAUAAUCGUCCUUCUAAUUUUUCCUUAACUAUCCACCCAGCUGGACCUUAUUAUUAAAAGGUCUCACUAGUAAAUUGGUUCUACUGUUGUCUUGGAAGACAAGAUUAUCCAUGGAAAUGGUAAACCACUGUGUUAUAUUGUAAUUCUAAAUUUAACACAACAACCAAGGUUGCUCUUUCAUCUAUGUAGAUAGGGAAUCUCAAGAGCAGUAUUUUAUCUAAUAAAUAUAAAAUUAAGAAA